AAACUGGUUUUGAAGGGACCAAUGUCUGUGCAGUAUACAGAUGACUAACUCUUGUUGCUUUUAUCCACUGGUUUAGCAGAUAGUGGGUCUGAAAGUGAGAUCUGAGGCUUCAUUUUCUCUAUAAUUCUCUUCACUUGACCACCUCAGGAUGGAACGUCAGAAUGAGCGAAAUUGUACUGAAGUGUUUUUCCCAAGGGAGCAUUUGCCAUUUCAUGAACUUCGAGAAAUGGCAAACAACGAGUACCUAAACAAGCAUCAACGUAUUCCAAAAUCACCUGAACUGGUUGAGUUCUGUGUGGCUAAUCUGAGGCAUGAUACAUGCUACAGCAACUACCAGGCCAUCAUGAAGGAUGGUGGAUUUAAAAAACCUGGAUCUGAAGUCACUUCUGACAGGAGACUGGUGUGGUGGAGCUUAGCCAUAUCAAAGGAUGACAUCAAAGGUGCUGAAAGACGUUACCUUGAGUACAACAACACAGAGGCCGUUAAACCUUUCCUGCACAAGUUCACCACCUCUCCGGCUUUUAGGAAGUCCUCCAGGAUGGGGAACUUUCGCUUCACCUUCUCCCUGAUGGACCUGCUGGCCCGUUACAAGGAACAGUUCUGCAUGGGACAAGAACCACAGAUGCGCAUCUUUGAGACGGUCCUCUACAAGCAGGAGGUCAUGUACUCCAUAGUGGUUCAUGGUCCGGAUGACCAAAACGACUUUGGGACAUACCCACCUCUGCAAGGGCCUCGAGCCAAUGCCGUGUGUUCGUACCAAAACGGGAACAUACUGUGGAGAGCAGAGGGCAUGAGCGAGACUCAUGCUUUUAGGCUGAGUCAAUACAUGCAUGCGUACAAAAUUCCUAAGAAGAGGCGUUGGAACUAUGCGUGGGGUCAUGUGGCAGUGGCCUUCCACGUCCCACAGGGCAGGAUCUUCCAGUUUGACCAAGAGAGUCUGCGUAGCCACCUGAGCCUCUGUCAGGGUGCAAUGCCAAGACUUAGCAAAGAACAUUUUAUAAGAUGUGAGUUUUAAGCCUCAAUACCCCAAUAACAACAGUGCUGAUGGUGUAUUAACCCAUGGAUGCUCAUUCUUUGUUCUUGCCUGAGUUGCAUUCCAAUACUCAAGAACAUAUUUACCAAGAACAUUUUUUUUAUAUAUAUAAUUUCAUUUCUAUUUUUUUUCCCCUUUUUCUUCUGAAUUUACACGGCCAAUUACCCAACCCACUCACUAGGACUCCCCCUAUCUCUAGUAAUGCCCCAACACACCAGGAGGGUGAAGACUAGCACAUGCCUCCUCCGAUACAUGUGAAGUCAGCCACCGCUUCUUUUCAAGCUGCUGCUGAUGCAGUAUUGCUGAGCAGCCGGUGCGUUUGGAGGAAGCGCAGCAACUCGGUUCCGAUACAUCAGCUCACAGACGCCCUGUGCUGCAGACAUCACCACACGAGUGAUGUGGGGAGAGAGCGCCAUCUACCCACCCAGAGGGAUCAGGGCCAAUUUUGCUCCCUUUGAGUGCCGGCAGCUUGAUGGACCAAGAACAGUUAAGAAGUUCCUGUAUGUGUCCCUGCUCUGCCCCAAAAAGGAUGCCCACGAGGAUGCAAAAGAUCCUGUUCAGACCCACAAAUAUAUGUUUUAAGUUCUUCUAUUUCAAAUAAAUGGUGCUCUUGGUUCUGUUUUUUAAUUAGAGAAAUAGGAAGUAAAAUUUUGAAAUCUUAGUUCAUUUGAUAAAAACAGUGACUGUUUAUUCUGUAAUAUUCUCAAUAUUUGCUGUGUUCUUGUUGUAGGUGUUGAGUUCCUUUUUUCAGCGUAAUUAACUUCUCAGGUACGUUCUUUCUAAGAACUUCCUAUUCUUGAUUUUGAGAAACACCCCUUUUAUUAUUGGCUUUGCUCUCAUCAGCUAUGUGAAACAGGCCUGUAAACUCAGUUUGUGGCCUUGAAAAUAAAAGAUUUUGAUUAGAA